ACACAAAAACCGGAGUACCUAGAAACAGUUUAUCUCCUUUACAACAAAAAACCUUCUCUCCGAACACCAUCUUUCCGGUAAUAGAGUUUUUUACCCUGCCCUGAAAGAAGAUCUCCAUCUCUCAUCGGUUGCCGCUGGGAUUCUGUCUAGCCUAUACCACUCUCAGACCAUUUUAUUCACUAUUCCAGAUCUGCUCAAAACUAAAGGGAUAAUGGAAUAAAGUUAUAUAAGUCCUUUUCAGAUGUAAGUGAAGGCAAAGAGGAAAUAUUUCGUGAGAUUCGCUUAAUCAAACAGUUAUGCAGGGACAUCGCUGAAUUGAGCGCCUACUUUGCAUGGAUUAAGCUUACAGCAAUUCUAGCCAAUCUUAGUGAAGUCAAACUUAACCAAAAUCAAGUCAGUCUGCGCCACAAGAGCUACAAGAUAGCCAAAGAAAGCAAUCUAUCCUCUCCUAGGACGCAAGGCCGCUUCUAUGAUGUUGUGAAGCAUGGUGGAUGCAGUAAUCUCAUAUGUUUUGAAUAAGGUCGGAGACUAUCUCAUCCAAGAAGUAGUCUCCUUCCAAGGAGUGAAAAGGGAAGUGGAGUCGCUGAAGAAUGAUUUGAUAUUAAUGCAAUGUUUCAUAAAGGAUGCAAUGGAAAAACAAGUUGAGGAUGAUCUGUUAUGCAACUGGGUAUCCAUCAUCACUGACAUUGCCUACGAUGCAGAGGAUGUUUUUGAUACAUUCAUGCUCAAAGUCCGUGGUGGAAGGACUUUGAAUUUGGAUAGAAGGCGGGGAGCCUUUACUUCCUUCAUGAAGUGUUCUUCUUGCAUCAAUGAUCACCAGGAGUCCAGUGUCUACAGAAAAUGCAGAGAAAAGGGAGAUGUCUAUGGCAUAGGCAAAGGGAUUGAAGCAAUCAGGAAGAGGAUCAAGGAUCUUGUUGAUAAGCGAGGAUUGUAUGGCAUCCAAGAAAUUGAUAAAAAGCAGGAAGGGAAGAGCAAAAUUGCUCUUGACAAAUUGAAAGAGCUGAGAAGAGUUCCCUCCUUUGUGGUUGAAGAAAAUGUUGUUGGGUUUGAGGAUGAUGCUGACAAACUGCUUGCAAAAGUUCUUGAGAAAGAGCCAAGACGUUUGGUGAUUUCUAUUUGUGGUAUGGGUGGUUUGGGCAAGACAACUCUUGCGAAAAAAAUGUAUCACAACAUUGAUGUCAGAAGUAAAUUUGAUUGUUAUGGUUGGGUUGUGGCAUCUCAAGAUUGCAGAACGCGAGAUCUUGUUUUGGGAAUCAUUGAAUCUUUCAAGAUCAAAAACAAAAAGGAGAUGGAGAAGAUUGUGAAGAUGAGUAAAGAAAACUUGGAGCGAGAGUUCUAUAGUUCGUUGCAAGGACGCUCAUACUUAGUGGUGAUUGAUGAUGUGUGGAAGAAGGAAGCAUGGGAGAGCUUGAAAAGAGCCUUUCCGGACAACAAAAACGGUAGCAGAGUAAUUAUCACUACCCGCAAUAAAGAAGUUGCUGAGCGUAUAGAUGAUGUAACUCAUGUCCAUGAACUCAGGUUUCUGAGGCCAAAUGAGAGUUGGAAACUGUUCUGUGACAAAGCCUUUCGAAACUCGAAGGUAGAUAAAGGACUGGAAAAACUGGGAAGAGAAAUGGUGGGAAAAUGUGGUGGCUUGCCACUAGCAAUUGUUGUAUUGGGUGGGCUCUUGUCUACCAAGAAGCCACAUGAAUGGGGUGCUGUCCGCGAUCAAAUUUGGCGGCAUUUGCAAGAUGAUUCAAUUGACAUCUCUAAUUUAUUAGCUUUAAGCUACAAUGAUCUGCCUUACCCAUUGAAGUUAUGUUUUCUUUAUAUAGGUCUAUUUCCGGAGGAUUUUCUGAUCAACUUUGAGAAAUUAGUUCGAUUGCUUGUGGCUGAAGGUUUCACAUGGGAAGCUAAAGGUCAGAUAAUGGAAGAUGUAGCUGAGAAUUAUGUGAAUAAGUUGAUCAACAGAAGUUUGGUUCAAGUAGAUGAAAGAUGUUGGGGAAGGAUUACAACAUGUCGAGUCCAUGAUCUUUUACGGGAUCUCGCAGUUAAAAAGGCAGAAGAACUAAACUUUGUUCAUAUUUGUGAUGAACUCAAGCAUUCCAGUACUGUCUUUUCUGUUGCAUCAUCAUGUCGACGACAUGCUAUUUAUUCUGAGAGUGAAAAGUUUUUAUGGCUUCAACACUGCAAUCCAUCCUCACGUUCCCUUCUGUUCUUCAAUCAACGAAGUGACCUCUUGACACCAUUGUACAGCAAAUUCAGUUAUCUAAGAAUCCUGGAAGUUGAGGUUUUUGCGAAUAGUUUGCCCAAAGAGAUAGGGAAGUUGAUUCACUUUACAUAUUUAGGGUUAAGGGGUGCAAAUCUAUAUAAUUUGCCACCAUCCAUUGUCAACUUGCAGAGGCUACAAACUUUGGAGUUAAACAGUUUUGAUCGAUAUGUUGCUCUCCCAACUGAAAUCUCGAAAUUGCAAGAGUUGAGACAUCUAACUGGAUUCUUUACAGGGUCUUUGCCGAUAGCCAGCUUGAAAAACCUUUUGACUCUGAAGUAUGUUUGUUUUGUAAGCUGGGCUAGAAUUAAUCCUAAAAAGUUGGUUAAUCUUCGAGAGCUACAAAUUGAAUUGGGUGGUGGAAAAGAGAAAGAUUUCAGUUUAGAUUCUAUCGCCACACUGCGAAGCCUGCGAAUUUUAUCAGUUUGGUUGGGGCCUGAUCAAUCUUUCAAUUCACUGCAGCCACUCGGUCAUUGUCCAUGUCUUGUAGAUUUGAGAUUAAAUGGAAAAUUACAGAAAUUACCAACUAACAUGGAUCAACUCUUGCCAAACCUGCAAGUCCUAAAGCUAUCGGAUUCACUUCUCGAUGAUGAUCCAAUGCCCACAUUAGAGAAGUUGCCAAGCCUCAUGUUUCUUGUCUUAAUCUUCGGUUCUUAUGAAGGAAAGAAAAUGAUGUGCAGGGCAAAUGGGUUCCCUCGGCUUGAAAUUCUACAGCUUGAAUUAUUCCACUUGGAGGAGUGGCAAGUAGAUGAGGCUGCUAUGCCAAUGCUUAGAGGCUUGAGUAUCAAAGAUUGCUUCAGCUUGAAAAUUCCUGAAAGACUCGAAUCAAUUCCUCUCCCAGGCGAAUUUGAAUGCAUAGAUAGACUAAGUCUGAAUAACUCAAAAUACUUUGAACUCUGAAGACUGAUUUGUUUUUUUGUGGAUGUA